AUGGCGACCCGGACGGCGAGCGGCCACUCCGCUGCGACUCUGGGCGACGAGGUAGGAGAAGCCGAGCCGCACACCGGCCGGGCCAGGCUGGGAGGACCCGGGCUGCCAGGGGAGGUGAAAAGAGCCGCGCUCCGCCCACCGCGCACGCGUAGCCGCCUCGGCCACUUCCGUCGUCUCCCAGCGCGCAAGCGCAGCCGCCGCCUCGCCCCGCCCCCCGAGGGAGUGCCGCUGGUCUGCUCUCCCGGCCCGCCCCCUCUCGCCGGGAAGAACCAAUCAACGAGAACUCAUCCUGGCUUCCUGGGGAGAGGAGAGAAGCUGUCCUGCGGCCACAUGGAGCACAGCGUCCUGGCCCGGGAGCCCCGCACAGACUCUUGUCUGUGCAGCCUGGAGCACUUCCUCUGGGAGGCCCUGGCGCCCUCCCUGCAUGCCAAGCCUGGCCUGGCCUCCUUCUACGCUCGGCUGGACUUGACAGAGGAGGCCUGGCUGUCUGCACUCUCCAUCCCAUUGGCUCUGCCCCCUGCUUCCACUUCUUCCCCAAGAGCUCUCACUGGCCUCCACCUCACGACAGAGUGUCGUUCCAGCUGGGGCGGCGGUGCCCAGUGUGCCUGCCUGCCCGGGUUCCAGUGGAACACCAGCGUCUGCUCACGCCACCAGCCUUGCCCAGAGCCCCGAGAGCCCCGGCCGUGUGGCUGCCUCACUGUUGGAACUCCCGAGCCUGGGUACUGCCAGCCACUGCCACCUGUGCCCGCCACCCUGAGCUUCAGCUCCCAGCUGCAGAGCCCGGGCAGCACGCUGACACUCACCCUCCUCUCAAGCCAUGAGACCACCCACCUGGACUGGUUCCUGCGUCGCGUGGGGAGGCCCAGGCCCGUCCACCUUCACCCCGGCACUCAAGUGUCCCUGUCCUCGGGCCACGGCCAGGCCGUCCUUAGCAUCACCAACAUCUCCCACAACUGGGCAGGUGAGUACAUGUGCUACUUCGAGGCCCGGGGCUUCAGUUGGGAGCUGUCCCAGGUGGUGAAGGUGCCCUUGCAAGCGACAGAGGUGACUGGGCUUCCAGACCAGCUGUUGGUCUCCUGUGCCACCCCCACUGGCUUCCAGUUGAGCUGUUGCGUUCCCAGCACCCACGAGACCUACACAGCAUCCUGGAGCCCCGGAGGGGGCGGUGAAGCCUCUGCACUCAGCACAUUAUCGGGCUCCAGUUGCCUGGAGCUGACCGUCCAUCGCUGCCCCAAAGCCAACACCACCUACACCUGUGUCCUGCAGAGCCCGGGACUGAGCACACUGAGGGUCCCUGUCACUGUCACCGUCAUUCAGGAUGGAGAUGCCACCUGCCCGAGGGACUCCUCAGGGGCUGCCUGGGACGUCACCAGAGCUGGCUAUGUGGCGCAGGCCCCGUGCCCCGGGAACAGGACAGGCGUGCUGAAGCGGCCCUGCCGGCAGGAGGGGGUGUGGGGGCCCAUCCACAGCAGCUGCACAGACUCGGGGCUCCUGAGCUCGCUCCAGAGAGCCGGGCUGCUUCAGGGAGGCCAAGGCUGGCCUGAGGAGGAGGUGCCGCAGAUCCUGGCCCAGCUGGAGCAGCAGGUGGUGGCAGUGAGCUCGCCCUCUGACAUGCUGGUACUUCUGGGCACCGUGCAGGCCCUGGCUAAGGUGGUGGCAGACAGCAGGAUGCAGCUUACCCGCAGCGCCCUGGAGGCUCUCCUGGAAACCACAGACAAGGUCCUGGACAUGGACACCAGCUCCCUGUGGACCCUGGCACAGGCCCAGAGGCCCACAGCGGGCUCCCACCUCCUGCUGGCCCUCGAGACCCUGGCGGGCAGCCUGAGCCCACAGGACCAGCCCUUGGUCCACAGCCUGCCCAAUGUGCAGCUGCAGAGCCAGCUCCUCGGACCCGAGUUCCACAAAGACUACAGAGUCACCUUCGACACUCAGCCCCCGUUGCAGGCCCGCAUUCCCGGACACUCGCUGGCUCUACUGGGCCAGAAUGGAACUAACGUCAGCGUCACCAGCCUGGUGCUUCAAAACAUGGACCACCGUCUGCCCCCCAACUAUGGGGCAGGGCUGGGAGACUCCAACCACGCCACUCCGGGGUUGGUCCUUUCCAUCUCCAUCAUGGCCGGUGGCCAGACCUUCCACCAAGGAGAGGUCAUCAUGGACUUUGGGGGCACAGGCGACCCAGCCCACUGUGUCUUCUGGGACCACGUCCUCUUCCAGGGUCAGGGCGGCUGGUCUGAGGAAGGGUGCCAGGUGCAGGUCGCCGGCCCCGACACUCGGUGCACCUGCCAGCACCUCACCGCCUUCUCCGUCCUCAUGUCCCGAGGUGCCCCUCCAGAAGACGCAGCCCUGGAGCUGCUGAGCCGGCUGGGCCUGGGGGCCUCCCUUCUGGCCCUGCUCCUGUGCCUGGGCGUGUACAGGCUGGUGUGGAGGGCCGUGGUGAGGAACACAGUCGCCUACUUACGCCACACCGCCCUGCUCCACGUGGUGCUCUGCCUGCUGGCCGCGGACGCCUGCUUCCUAGCUGUGACACUGCUGCCCCCGACCCCCCGGAGCCCGCUCUGCCUGGCCGCCGCCUUUCUCUGCCACUUCCUCUACCUCGCCACCUUCUUCUGGAUGCUGGCUCAGGCCCUGAUGCUGGCCCACCAGCUGCUCUUUGUCUUCCACCAGCUGUCGAAGCGCAGGGCACUCUCUGUGAUGGUGGCCCUGGGCUACCUGUGCCCGGGGGGGCUCGCCAGCGUCACCCUGGGCCUUUAUGUGCCCCGAGGGAGAUACCUGCGGGAGGGGGCCUGCUGGCUGGAUCUGAAGGGAGGGGCGCUCUACACCUUCGUGCUGCCGGUGCUGGCCAUCGUGGGCGCCAACGCGCUGGUCCUGGCCACGGCCGUGCUCAAGCUGCUCAGACCCUCACUCUCCGAGGGGCCCCAGGCAGAGAGGCGCCGAGCCCUUCUGGGGGUGGUCAAAGCCCUGCUCGUUCUCACACCCAUCUUCGGCCUCACCUGGGGACUUGGGCUGGCCACCUUGCUGGAGAAAGUCUCCAUCGUCCCUCACUACCUGUUCACCGUGCUCAACACCCUGCAGGGUGUCUUCAUCUUGCUGUUUGGCUGCCUCAUGGACAAGAAGGUACAAGAGGCUCUGUUCAAACGCUUCUGCCACACCCACCCCUCCAGCUCCACUGUCUCCCUGACCACCAAUGAAACCUACAUCCCGGAACACAGCAAAGGACGGAGUGAAAACGCCAGUUAUGAAGAAAGGAUGACUUAAUCAGGGGAACUCUGAUCGUGCACACUGGAGGUGAAGAAAAUCUGGUUUAUUUCUUUUCAGAGUUUAGGAAAAGGUGAAGUUAACACGCCCCUUUUUAUGUUCUUUAAAAAACAUCUAUGUUAAAUGAAUGCUUCUUAGGCAAUGCAUACAGAAACAAGUCACUGACCAGAGAAAGGUACCACACACUGACCACAGAAAGGUGACAAAUACUGACAUUUAAAAGGGACAGGAUAGGGCAUGGGAGAUAGCAUAAUGGUUAUGCAAACAGACUCUCAUACCUGAGCCCCCCCCCCCCCCAAGUCCCAUGUUCAGUCCCCUGCACCACCAUUAGCCAGAGCUGAGCAGUGCUCUUGGUGGUGGGGGUGGGGGGAGGAGGGAGUGACAGGAUAAGUUAAGACCAGAUACAGAAAACAAAGGUUUAAGAAAGUUUCUAGAGGACACAGGUAU